AUGAAUCAAUGGGACACUCGUAAUUUCCCGAUAACCACUUUCAAUGACACGAAGUACGAAAUUAUAAAAAAAAUGAAGAAAGAAUUGCAACGUAAACUGAAAGUGUGCGAAAAGCAAAUGAUCAUGCACGCAAAAUCGUGUCUGAUCUGUAACAGACGCGACAGUUUGCGCACCUGUAUGGGCUGCUUUACCAGCAAUUAUUGCAACGAUCACGAAGUACAGUUUCAAAAGUCCCACGAAGCCGACUGCAAAGAAUUGAAGCUUUGUCUCGAUCUGGACCUAAACUUACUUCAAGAAAGUUUUACUCAGUUUCAGAUACCGAAUAUCAAGAGCUUUCCUAACGUGCAAAUACCUAUUUUAAAAAUGGACGAUUUUGUCACUCAAUAUAUGAAAAGAGGGAGAUUAGGGGUGGAUUGGACCUAUGACCAUUAUUAUUACUCCGAUUGGAUGUCAGGACCGCUAACACUUUUCUUCGGUUUGAAAGAUACACUUUUGCUACCAGAAGCGAAGAGUAAUGUUUACACCGUUCAUAUCAUAAACUCGUACCAUGUAGAUAGAAUUUACUUUCAAACUUGGGAACUUCUGUUACAUCUUUUACCUCACAUAAAGAUAUUGACGAUUGUAAUGGUAGAACCAGGGAUAGAGUAUAUAAAACGCAAAUGUAAAACUUGUAUACAUUGUUUCCUAGAUUCCAGAGAGCUUCAUUUCGAAUGCUACUCCAUGUUUUAUGAAAUCUAUGCGAGCGAUUCUAUGUACAAGAAACCAAACGUGAUUGUAGCAUUUGAAGUGAAUAAAGGUAAUUAUAACGUGGUAUCGGUAAAUCUCAUAAGAGCGAUACGUGCUCGAACGUGUCCGUUAUUUUUAACUGUUAUGUCGUCAAAAAUAUCACACUAUGUCAAAAAGAAGAUGAAGGAGGACAUGUCUCCACUUGUAGUACCAGUUCAUAAUUUCAGCAACAGAUUUAGCAGUCGUAGGCCAUACAGAGAUAUGUCGUAUCAAAAUGGUCUACACGUAGCUUACCGUAAUAAGUACGUUAUUAUCUGUGCAGCCUUAAAAUCUGCAUUGGAACUACCACAAGCAUCUGUCAGCUCUUCUCAAUGA